GAAGCCCAAAACACAGUCAGCCUCCAGCCUCCCUGUGUGCUAGCCAACAGUGAAACAUUCCUAUAACAUGAAGUUCCUCGUAAUUGUUUCGGUGGUGCUCGGAGUGGCGUUCGCUGCGGUGCCCCGCGUCCGCAGGGACUCCACCCCCGACGACUUCGAACUCCCCUCCAACGCUACGGUCAUCGUCGGCCGCAUCAACCACGGCUUCGACUGCUCCGGCCGUAAAUUCGGCUACUACGCUGACGAUCAGAACAACUGCCAGAUCUUCCACGUGUGCAUGCCCUACGAGGACUCAGAGGGCGCCCCCCAGCUGCGUAUGUGGUCCUUCCUCUGCGGCGUCGGAUCCGUCUUCGAUCAGGCCACCUUGACCUGCAACUACCCUGAGUCUGCUCUGCCUUGCAACGAAGCCAAAAGCUACUAUGGCAUCAACGACUACUUCCACCUCGAGGAGGAAGAAUUCCUUAGCGGACUUUUCGGAAAAUUCAGAAAGUAGACGGAUAUCUUAAUUCAAAGUUUCUAGAUAACACCGAUACCGCGACAUACAAUACCCGGACAUGUAUAACCGGGACUUGGAAAGCCGGGACUCGGGAGUGCUGAAACGAAAUCGAUUCGAACGAACUUAUCUCACGAACGCUUCUGAUAAUGCGUAUAAUACUGAGGUCAGGUACAUGGAUGCUGACCAAAGGCUUAUAUGUACAGUACAAUACUAAAACAUCAACCGAGACCCUUUAAUCGGGAUAUUCUUGUUCAUAAAUCACAGGAUGUUUCUUUAUACAUAGUGCCCUUUUUCUGUUCACUAAAUCAAUGUAAAUUUCUCUUUCCCUGUAUAAGCCUUAUUUUCAUUAAAACUUAAUCGGUAAAGUUUUUUAUAAUCUUACUCCGAGGUGCUAUUGUAACAUUUGUAAAUAAAAUUUUCUACGCAACCCAA